AUGACGGGACAAGACGGACUCAAGGCCGGCGAGGCCUUCCCCGAGGGCGGUAAGUCAUCCUGCCAUAAUACCGCCGAGUGAAUACACACACACGGCCGCCAAGAAUCUGACCACCGCCACAGUCAAGUUCAAGUACAUCCCAUGGACCACCGCCGACACCAAGGUCUGCGGCUUCCCCGUCGUCUACGACACCACCAAGGAGUUCGCCGACAAGAAGGUCGUCAUCGUCUCCGUCCCCGGCGCCUUCACCCCGACCUGCUCCGGCAACCACGUCCCCGGCUACAUUGAGAAGAUCUCCGAGCUCAGUACGUGCCCAACACUCCUCCCCAUCCUCCCAUCCAUUCCAUACCACUGACGUCCACUGUUCCACAGAGAAGAAGGGCGUCGACCAGCUCCUCAUCAUCGCACCCAACGACGCCUUCGUCAUGAGCGGCUGGCAGAAGGUCAAUGUCGGUGGCAGCGACGACGACAACACCUUUGUCAUCUUCGCCAGCGACCUCGAGACCAAGCUCGCCAACCAGAUCGGCUGGACUGCUCCGGGUGACCGCAAUGGCCGCUGGGCCGCCAUCGUCGACCACGGCAAAAUCACCUACGCCGAGGUCGAGACGGAGCUCCAGGCCGUCACUGUGUCUGGCGGUACGUAUCCCCAAUUGAAAGGCCAUGAAGCUCUUGACUGACAUUUCAUUCUAGUCGACGCCGUCCUCAAGGCACUCUAA